GAGCCGCGUGUCUAUCAUUUGCUCGGUGCGACUCGGCUGUCUGGUUGUGCAGGGCGCUGACAGGAGCCUCACCCGUAGGAAAAUUUUUUUACAAAUAUUUCGCUUUUAUCAUGUUUACUAUUGAGGGCUGCACAAGAGCAUAUAAAAGAUCGUGCAUAAAUCCGGGUUCGCCGAUUGGCUCUUGAAAAAGAUACCAGAGUGUUCAGCUUUAUUCACCUUCAUCAUGGCGACCGUAGUGAUGGAGCAGAUUGGCCGCUUGUUUAUAAACGUGCAGCAACUGCGUCAGAUUCCCCAGCUGCUGGAGUCUGCCUUUCCCACACUGCCAUGCACUGUGAGCAUCUGCGAUGUGCCCCAAGUCUUCAGAGAGUCGCACAUCCUCACAGGCUACCGCCCACCUGACCACAGCUGGCGCUAUUACUUCCUCUCGCUCUUCCAGCGGCAUAACGAGACGCUAAAUGUGUGGACGCACUUGCUAGCCUCGCUUAUCAUCUUGGCCAAGUUCCGGGAAGUGUCCGAGACGGUGGACUUCCUGCGUGACCCUCACACACAGCCGCUCUUCAUCGGUCUCCUGACUGCGUUCACCUAUCUGGCUUGCAGCACUAUCGCCCACCUGCUCUCUGCCAAGUCUGAGCUCUCCAGUUACACGUUCUACUUCCUGGACUACGUAGGUGUCGCUGUGUACCAGUACGGCAGUGCCCUGGUGCAUUUCUACUACGCGGUGGACGAAACCUGGCAUGCUCACAUUCGAGGCUUCUUUUUGCCCACUGCAGCUUUUAUGGCAUGGCUCUCAUGCGCUGGUUGCUGCUAUGGCAAGUAUGCCAGUCGACGCCUGCCCAGGUUUGGCCACAAAUUCUGUCAGAUGAUGCCCUCAACCCUGGCCUACUGCUUAGAUAUCAGCCCGGUGGUGCAUCGCAUUUACACGUGUUAUAGUUCACAACAGGGUUGCACAGACCCAGCUGUAACUUUCCACAUUUAUCAGAUCAUUUUCUUUCUGGUCAGUGCCUUCUUUUUCUCUUACCCUCAUCCAGAGUGCUGGUUCCCUGGGCGCUGCGACUUUAUCGGCCAGGGCCACCAGAUCUUUCACGUUUUUCUCGUGUUGUGCACACUGAUGCAGAUCGAGGCCGUGCGCAUGGACUUCACAGAGCGAAGGCACUUGUACGAGCGCAUGCAUGGUGAUUUGGCUCACGACGCUGCAGCUCUCUUCGUCUUCACGACGUGCUGCAGUGCCCUCACCGCGUUCUAUGUGCGGAAGAGAGUGAAAGUCUACCUUGAGGAAAAACAAGAAUAACUUAAAAGCAGAUGUGAAGAGACUCUGGAUGGCAAGAACUGAGCAGGAGACUUUGUUGGCACUGAUAUACUAAUUACAUUGAAAGUUAUGGACCUGUUGUCAUUUAAUGACAUUUUUGGUGGCAAGGUGAAUUUGUAUGUUGGACUAUUUUUAAUCAGUAAUGUACUGUUCACAACAUUUAUAGUUUAAAACACACAGGAAGACAGGAAUCUGAAGAAAACAUUAGUGAAAUCUACUCUAAAGGCUUUUGAAAGUCCAGUCACAUGAAUGUGUGUUGUUUUGUGGGUGCAAAGACACAGUGGGCCACAUUGCAAAAACAUCAAUGGACUAAAAUUCUGACCUCAUUCUAACCUUCAUAGUACCUCAGAUGGCGUACUAUGCAUAUUUAAUUUUAAGUAACGUUUUCAAAUUGUGAAAGAGUAUUAGUGUAGUAUUAAUACCCUGAUAAUGGACUAAAACCAACCUUUUUUUUUUUUCUUCAAGUGGUUGCAUUAUAAAGCCAGCAGGGGGUGCUGUCGUCUAUGUUUGACUAAAAAUCAGCCCUGAUUGAGAACAACACUGAACACAAAUGUUGUUACAAAAGGGUUCUUAUUGCUGUCUGAUGUAGUUCAGUGAUGCGAGGUACCUAAUAGUCAAGUCAGCACUUAUUGUCAUAUGUACAAGUGCGGUACACGAAAAUGAUCUGUUUUGCUAGGAAGACUGGGCCAUAUCCAAGACUCAGUCACUGAUUGACACUUCUGCAGCAUGCAGUGUUAAUGGGCUGCACAGGAGCUAGCAGUGGGAGCUUGUCAGUGCUGGGAUUUAAAAGCAGUUCCUUCUAAUCAGUUUGCCAAAACCCUUACAACUGAGCCAUGACCAGCUCCCUAAUUUUGUGUUUAAUUUCCUGCAUAAAUGAACAAACUUGCAGAACAUCUGCCUGCUAUAUUUACUAAUGAACAUAGAUCACAUUAAAUAUGAUUCCCAAAAUAUAAAUGAUCAGUGAAUCAAAAAACAAAUACCACUGUACCCUUGUCCAUUCAAGGCAAUAUAGAAAAUGAAUGAUUGAACAUUGAGAACACAGUGCCACAUGAGCACUCAUCAUGCUCCCAUGUCAAUGAAUUUCACCUUUAUCUCAUGUGUUUUACAUCUGACCACCCACCCCGUCUGUGUGAAAGGAAAAAGCGGUUGCUUCCAUGGCUUUUGGUCCCAUGGUCCCGAUUCACACCUUUAGUGUAUAGUAUGUGGAACAUAUUGCAUAGUACGCCAUUUGAGACACAGAUACAGUCUCACAAAAAGCCAAUCAACUUUUGCACUCCAUCCAUAUUCUCUUUUAAAACAUUCUCAGUAUGACACUCCUGAUCACGUUCAUACAGCAUCAGGUAGCAGCAUGAAAAAUGAGAUCUGAAAUGAGUUUAUCUCAAAAGGGCUCAUUUUUAUUGGUGCUUUAAAGGGCAUUUAGGGCAUGACUGAUAGAAGGGACCUUUUAUAUAAUCUUUUACAUCC